UCCUUCCUGUCGUCGUCAUCGUCAACAUAAAUAUCAUAUCAGACGGUAAAAUGAGUCGAACAGUGCUGGUAACUGGUGGAACUGGAUUGGUUGGAAAGGCGAUUGAAGCGGUCAUCAGCGAGAAGCAAUCAAAGGAUGAGCGAUGGAUUUUUGUUGGUUCAAAAGAUGCUGAUUUAACCAAUAUAAAUUCGUCUCGCGCCUUGUUCGAGAAGCAUAAACCAACACACGUGAUUCACCUGGCAGCGAUGGUUGGUGGAUUGUACCACAACAUGGGCAACAACUUGGACUUCCUCAGGAAAAACAUGCAGAUGAAUGACAACGUGCUGCUCCUAUGCCAUGAACACAAAGCGAAGGCCGUUUCAUGCCUAUCUACGUGUAUUUUCCCCGACAAGACACCAUACCCUAUCGAUGAAACUAUGAUUCACAGCGGACCCCCUCACGAUUCCAACUACGGGUACAGCUAUGCUAAACGACUGAUUGAUAUAACGAAUCGUGCGUACCACGAUCAGCAUGGGGAUCUGUUCACUUCGGUUGUUCCUUGCAACGUGUUUGGACCGUUUGACAAUUUCACGCCCGGUGUUAGUCACGUGAUUCCCGGUAUGAUUCACCGUUUGCAUGAAAUUAUGUAUUUGAAGGAUCCCGAAAAACAACAAGACGAAAAAGUUUUCCCGGUGUACGGAACCGGAAAGCCACUACGACAAUUUAUAUUCUCGGAAGAUCUAGCAAAAUUGAUCAUAUGGGUUUUACGCAGUUACGACAGUGUAUCACCUAUCAUUCUGUCGGUAGAUGAGGAAGCAGAGGUCAGCAUCGCCCAACUGGCAGAAUCAAUCGCAAAGUCUUUCGAAUUCAAGGGAAAGUUGAUAUUCGACGAUAGCUAUGCAGACGGACAAUACAAGAAAACGGCAUCUAAUGCUAAACUUCGAAAACUGCGUCCCGAUUUUCGGUUCACUGACUUUGAUGCGGCAAUUCAGCGAACGGUCGAUUGGUAUUUAAAGAAUUAUGAUCAGGCAAGGAAAUGAAAAGAAUACUAUUCACGUUACUGUAUAUUAAACUGUUUCACAAACAAA